UGUUUCCGGUUGAGCGGGAGGCGUCGCUGCCUGGGAUGGUGUAGACGCGGCUCCUUCUUUAACUCCUUUGGGAAGAUGUUCUACCACAUCUCCCUGGAGCACGAGAUCCUGCUGCACCCGCGCUACUUCGGUCCCAACCUGCUCAACACAGUGAAGCAGAAGCUCUUCACCGAGGUGGAGGGGACCUGCACCGGCAAGUAUGGCUUUGUGAUUGCUGUCACCACCAUUGACAAUAUCGGCGCUGGUGUGAUCCAGCCAGGCCGAGGCUUUGUCCUUUACCCAGUUAAGUACAAGGCCAUUGUUUUCCGGCCCUUUAAAGGAGAAGUCGUGGAUGCUGUUGUCACCCAGGUCAACAAGGUUGGACUCUUUACAGAAAUUGGACCUAUGUCCUGCUUCAUCUCCCGACAUUCCAUCCCGUCAGAGAUGGAGUUUGAUCCUAACUCUAACCCACCGUGUUACAAGACAAUGGACGAAGACAUUGUGAUUCAGCAGGAUGAUGAGAUCCGCUUGAAGAUUGUGGGGACCCGUGUGGAUAAGAACGACAUCUUUGCUAUCGGCUCCCUGAUGGAUGAUUACUUGGGGCUUGUGAGCUGAACACCGGUGCUUCCUAUCUUGUUUGGUCCUUAUCUAGAAGGUGUGAUUGUUGCACUUCCCCUGUUGUCCAGACGCCUGGUCUGGCUGCUGUGGGGGAGAUCAGGAAGGUUCCUUGUCCCAGAAGGCAUCUGGCUCUUCUUGCAGGUCAGCGGCCACUCCCAGAUUUUGACUGUGUUCUAACCAUAAACGGUCCUUGGUUCUCA